UCGCAAAAGCGAAUGUGAUAUUUGCGAAUCCCAACCACGAUGCAGGCUCCACGCCGAGUGUAGGAUUGAUUUCAUGGUUGCGUCAACGAGAGACUGGGACGCGCCAAUCUCGUCUCGCGGCUGCAAUGAGCCCAAAUCCCACGCGAUGCCGUCAUCAGGUUGAGGCUGGAACACCGACGGAUCGAUCUCACACAGGAUUUCCUGAGCCAGCCCAAUCGAAGGGCAUGCUUUUGCAAACGAACCCUGGCCUCUAGCCUCUGCCGCUCUGAGGAAGCAGACUGCCCACGCCUCCCAGCGUCGCUGGGCUUGCUCAUUUAUCCCAACCCUAAGCGAUAAGUCCAUCUUCUUCUGCUCCGUCAUCGUCGCUGCUUCACUCUGAGGAAAUACUUCUCUUGGAGUAGUAGCGCGGUGACAUUGCCCCUUGGAAUUCUUUGCUAAGUCUCAAGGUGGUCCGUCUGUUGACGGGGCGUUAAAACACAUGGCAUCUUCCUUGUCUGUGCCUUCGAAACUCUCGAUUACUUCCUACAGGUCUGAAGUGUUCGGACAUUGCAACAAUGAACAUCAAAAGAGAUCUGCUAAAAAGAAUGUAUUAUUGAAUGCCUGGUUAGGAUCAGGGAAAUUGUCACGACACAGUCAUGUUCGGGGUUGGCAGAGUCAGGAAGGAAAGAAAGGUCCUCUUUCUUGCCAGGCACUUUUUGGAAGUAAAGCUCCUAAGGAUGAGAACGACUCGGAGGACGAACCCAGAAGCUCAAUCAAUGACUCAAAUAGCAUAAGCUCAGACGCUUUCCGGCAGCAAAUGGAACGAAUGGUAAACAGAGAUAAUGCCGAUGUUUCUUUUCGAGGAAUAGAUUUGGCUACACUUAUAAGGAAGAAAUACGGGAGAUCUUAUGACGUGCAAUUUAUUAAGAAAGAAUUUAUGGGACGCCAGCUCUUAGCUAUGAAUGUGAUGUGGAAGUAUCGUGAGCAGCGUUCCUUUCCUUUAACAGAGGAGGAAUACCUACUACACCUAGAUGAUAUUGCCAACAAUCUGAGAUGCUGGGGUGCUGUUGGUCUUGUGCGCAACGGCCUUGAGAAGACCAAAGAACGACCACGUAUUGGCAAGGCUGUGAGCAUUUUCAUUGAUCUUGACGAAUUUGGAGGAAGGUCGCGAGAGUGGAUAAACAGGUGAAGAAUGAGCAAGGGAGAGACAAGUUGAAUAAACAUAUCAACAGUUCAUUCAUCACAUUGUACUUUGUGAGGCCGAUGUUAUUAUUAUUAACCCCUUCCAUCGUCCGUUUGAAGGGGUGCUACAGGCGGAUGGAAACUCUUGUAGAAUUAAAUUCGCUUCAGGAAUGCUUCCUGUACGCAAUGUACGCUUUGAUUAGCAAAGUGUCAAUUCUCUAAUGUGUUCACCUCUGCCUCGCAUAAAGUCCGCAGACUUGUUCUUUUAUUGAGGUUGUAUACACUUGUUCUAUGUAUUCGGGGUUGAAGUGAAAACGCUAAUUGCUUGCUUUCUA